AUGAAGACUUCACCAUCUUUAGCGGCAGCGGCUGCUGUCUUGGGUGCCGUUUCAGCACAAAGCACUGUAACCGCAGCCUUGAGCCCUGCCACAACCACUGUUGUUUCAACCGCCACACCAGCUCUAUUCAGUAAUGAAGUAGUUCAGUUGACUGAUGGCGUUCUUGAUAACGUCGCUGCUGCCAUCAACAACGAAUCCAUCUCUUCUCUCUUCUCUUUUGACUCUGAUUCCACCGCUUCGAAGAGAUCGACUCGAGCAUGCAAACUUCUCCCUGGUGAUGCGUUGUGGCCCAUUACUUUAAUUUGGGAUAUUUUUGACAUCCUCCUUGGCGGUGCUUUGAUCAAGUCCACUCCUUUGGCCGCUGUCUGUUACCCGGAAUGGCCUCAAUAUGAUGCAGCCAAAUGUGCAUCUGUCACAGCUGACUGGUACUUUUCAGAGUUGCACGAGGCUGAUCCAACUUCGAUUCAAUUGCCUCUCUACCAGGGUCGUACUUGUAUGCCUCCUGGGUUUAACUAUACAAACACCUGUGAGCAAGGUGGCUACCCCAGUUACGUUGUCAACGUCACAAACGUGGCACAAAUUCAACUUGCUGUCAAUUUCGCAAGAAAUCUUGACCUUUCCCUUGUAAUCAAGAAUACUGGUCACGAUUUCAACGGUAAAGCAUCUGGCAAGGGUGCUCUCACCAUCUGGACUCAUUAUCUCAAAAAUAAAGCCUAUUUACCAAACUUUGUAGCUGCUAAUGGCUACUCUGGACCUGCUAUCAAGGUUGGCUCCGGUAUCUUGGUUCACGAAGCCUACGAAUAUGCCAAGAGCUUAGGAGGUACUAUAGUUGGUGGUGAAGCUGUCGCUGUAGGAAUGGGUGGUGGUUAUAUUGCCGGUGGUGGCCACUCGCCUUUGAGCAGCAUGUAUGGCAUGGGAUCUGAUCAAGUCUUGGCCAUGGAAGUUGUCCUUGCCAAUGGUAAAUUUAUCACUUGUGAUUCCAAAACUAACUCCGAUGUCUUCUGGAUGCUUCGCGGUGGUGGUGGUAGCACUAUUGGCGUUGUCACAUCUCUCACCGUCAAACUUCUCCCCAAACUCGAAACCACCACAGUUACCUUCAACUUCACUGUCGCAGAUACUCCCGGUAACGACUCCUUCUGGGCAGGUGUUCAAGCUUAUAUCGACAACGCUGAAACCUUCGUCGAUGCUGGUACCUACGGAUACUACUACCUUGGAGCUAGCGCCUUCGAGAUCGGAACCGACGUUGGUGGUAGUGAUGCUUAUUAUUUCCGUAUGGAAUCUUUCGUCGCGCCAAACAUGACAAUUGCUGAGACCCAAGCACUUCUCAAGCCUUGGUUCGAUGUUCUUGACAGCAACAACAUCACAUAUACUCCUUGGUACAAUCACGCUGACAACUUCCACGAUGCCUGGGUUGUUUCCUUCCCGGAAGAAUAUGUCGGAACUGACAUUGUCAAAACUGCUUCUCGCCUUAUGCCUCGCUCUGUAUUUGAGGACGAUGAUCUCCGCAAUCAAACCUUUGCCGCUCACAAAUCUGCCGUCGAACAAGGUUUCUUCAUCGCUGGCUUCCAUAUCUCCGGUACCGGUAUUGCUGUCGACCCACCCACUGAUUCCGCUGUUCUUCCCGCGUGGCGUGAAACCAUCAUGCACACUAUCGUCGGUGGUGAAUGGGAGGCUACUAGCUCCUGGGCCGAGAUCGAGGUUGUUGUAAAGGCUGUUACAGCCUUCAUGGAUACUUUCCGUGCCAUUGCUCCUAAUUCCGGCUCCUAUAUGUCAGAAGGUGACCUCAUCGAGCCUAAUCAAACACAAGCAUUCUACGGUGCCAACUAUGAUAGACUUUAUGCGAUGAAGCAAAAAUAUGACCCUAGCGGCGUAUUCUUUGCUCUCACUGCUGUCGGAUCAGUCGAUUGGGAAAUCCAGACCACUGAUCCUAUUCCAUAUAACUGGAACACCAACGGUAGACGUUGCCCAGUCUGA